CUCUUCUCUAUGCCUUUCGUCUAGUUCCAGCCUGGAUACGCUUCCUUAGCAAAGGGUUGCCCUUGGCAACAGGAGGACGCGGGAGGGCGGGCUUGGUUCCUGGCGAGUUUCUUAGCACCCGCCUGCGGUCUGAGGCACCGGCUGAACCAUGUCGGAGAUCCUGUGCCAGUGGCUCAACAAGGAGUUGAAGGUGUCCCGGACCGUGAGUCCCAAGUCAUUUGCAAAGGCAUUUUCCAGUGGCUUUCUACUUGGAGAAGUUCUAUACAAGUUUGAACUUCAGGAUGAUUUUUCAGAAUUUUUGGACAGCAGGGUUUCAAGUGCCAAACUUAAUAAUUUUUCUCGUUUGGAGCCAACACUUCACCUUCUGGGUGUACAGUUUGAUCAGAAUGUGGCCCAUGGCAUCAUCACAGAAAAGCCUGGGGUGGCAACAAAGCUGUUAUAUCAAUUGUACAUUGCUCUUCAGAAAAAGAAGAAAAGUGGACUGACUGGAGUGGAGAUGCAAACCAUGCAACCUCUGACAAAUUUAAGACUUCAACACAUGAAAAGUGAAACUUUUCGAGAGAGACUUAGACACAUGAUCCCACGUCAAACUGAUUUCAAUCUGAUGCGGAUUACAUACAGGUUUCAAGAAAAAUACAAACACGUGAAAGAAGAUCUUGCCCAUUUGCAUUUUGAGAAACUUGAAAGAUUUCAAAAACUCAAGGAAGAGCAAAGAUGUUUUGAUAUCAAAAAGCAAUACUUAAACAGAAGACGACAAAACGAAAUAAUGGCCAAAAUCCAAGCAGCUAUUAUACAGAUUCCUAAACCUGCAUCAAAUCGUACUUUGAAAGCACUCGAGGCCCAAAAAAUGAUGAAAAAGAAAAAAGAGGCAGAGGAUGUGGCCAAUGAAAUUAAGAAGUUCGAAGCAUUAAUAAAAAAGGAUCUCCAAGCAAAAGAAAGUGCAUCCAAGACUACUUUAGAUACAGCAGGCCAGACAACCACCGAUUUGUUAAAUACUUACUCGGAUGAUGAAUACAUUAAAAAAAUCCAGAAGCGCCUUGAAGAAGAUGCUUUUGCACGAGAACAAAGGGAGAAAAGACGGCGGAAAUUGUUAAUGGACCAGUUAAUAGCCCACGAAGCACAAGAGGAGGCUUAUCGGGAGGAACAGCUGAUUAACCGGCUGAUGCGGCAGUCCCAGCAGGAGCGCAGGAUUGCCGUGCAGCUCAUGCAUGUUCGGCAUGAAAAGGAAGUUUUAUGGCAAAACAGAAUUUUCAGAGAAAAACAACAUGAGGAAAGACGACUUAAAGAUUUCCAGGAUGCUCUUGAUCGAGAAGCGGCUUUGGCAAAACAAGCCAAGAUUGAUUUUGAAGAACAGUUCCUUAAAGAAAAGAGAUUUCAUGAUCAGAUUGCUGUGGAAAGAGCUCAAGCUCGUUAUAAAAAGCAUUAUUCAAUAUGUGCAGAAAUUUUGGACCAAAUAGUUGAUUUGUCCACUAAAGUGGCAGACUAUCGAACGUUGACAAAUAACCUGAUUCCAUAUAAGUUGAUGCAUGAUUGGAAGGAACUAUUUUUUAAUGCAAAACCCAUAUAUGAACAAGCCUCUGUUAAGACACUACCUGCUAACCCCUCAAGAGAACAACUUAUAGAACUGGAGAAAAGGGACUUGCUAGAUACCAAUGAUUAUGAAGAAUAUAAGAACAUGGUUGGAGAGUGGGCCUUACCAGAAGAAAUGGUUGACAAUUUACCACCCUCCAACAAUUGCAUACUGGGUCAUAUUCUUCACAGGCUAGUUGAAAAAUCUCUUCCUCCUCGAGCAGAAUCAACAACACCUGAAUUACCUUCAUUUGCUGUUAAAGGAUGCUUACUGGGGAAAACAUUAAGUGGAAAAACUACCAUUUUAAGGUCUCUACAAAAAGACUUUCCUAUGCGGAUACUUUCUAUUGACACUCUUGUCCAAGAAGCUAUCCAAGCAUUUCAUGACAAUGAAAAAGUCAGUGAGAUUCUACCAAUUCAGAAAAAAGAUGAAGAAGAUGCUCUACCAGUUCUGCAAGAGGAGAUUAAAGAAAGCCAGGCAAGUGAUCCACAAAAUGUAUUUUCAGCUGGUCCAGUUUCAAAUGAAGGAUUACCAGAAACAGAAGGUGCUAAUGCUGAUAAAACACCAAAAGCUGAAGAAAUCAAAUCCAGUGAUAGUUUCUUAAACCUCACUACGCGUGCUCAACUUGGUGCAAAAUCAGAACAGUUGCUGAAGAAAGGAAAGAGCAUUCCUGACGUGCUGCUUGUUGACAUCAUGGUAAAUGCUAUUAACGAGAUACCUGUGAAUCAGCACUGGAUCCUAGAUGGUUUUCCAAUGACUUUAAAUCAAGCACAGCUUCUGGAAGAAGCUCUUACAGGCUACAAUAGAAACCUCACAGAACUGGAGAGAAAAAAAGCACAAAAAUCCACAUUGGCUAUUGAUCCUGCGACUUCCAAAGAAGUACCUCUUCCCUCUCCUGCAUUUGAUUUUGUCGUAUUAUUAGACGUUUCAGAUACUUCCUCAAUGAGUCGCAUGAAGGAUAUAAUAGCUGAAGAAUUGUCCUAUAAAACUGCUCACGAAGACAUCAGUCAACGUGUAGCUGCUGAAAAUCAAGAUAAGGGUGGAGACCAAAAUUUAAGAGACCAGAUACAACAUAGAAUUAUAGGCUUCUUGGACAACUGGCCUUUAUUGAAGCAAUGGUUUUCAGAGCCAGAAAAUAUUUUGAUAAAAAUCAAUGCUGAAAUAGAUAAGGAAUCUUUAUGCGAAAAAGUAAAAGAAAUUCUUACGACUGAAAUAGUGAAAAAAAAGAAUAAAGUUGAGAAGAAAUUAGAAGAAAAGGAAGCUGAGAAAAAAGCAGUAGCUUCCCUGGCUGAGCUUCCACUUCCUACACCUCCUCCUGCUCCUCCUCCUGAACCAGAAAAAGAGAAGGAAAUUCAUCUUCAUCAUGUGCCUUCAAAAACUCCUACUGCAAAAGGAAAACCUCAAUCAGAAGCCCCGCAUGGUAAGCAAGAAUCUCUUCAGGAAGGAAAAGGGAAGAAAGGUGAAACGGCACUCAAAAGAAAAGGUUCUCCUAAAGGAAAAUCAUCAGGAGGAAAAGUACCAGUAAAGAAAUCACCUGCUGACUCUACAGACACAUCACCUGUUGCAAUAGUGCCGCAGCCACCUAAGCCAGGAUCAGAAGAAUGGGUCUAUGUGAAUGAACCAGUUCCUGAGGAAAUGCCUUCGUUUUUAGUACCUUACUGGGAACUAAUAGAAAAUUCCUAUAUAAACACCAUCAAAACAGUACUCAGGCAUCUGAGGGAAGACCAGCAUACUGUGCUUGCUUACUUAUAUGAGAUUAGAACAAGUUUCCAGGAGUUUCUAAAGCGUCCAGAUCACAAGCAAGAUUUUGUAGCUCAAUGGCAGGCUGAUUUCAAUUCCCUUCCUGAUGACCUGUGGGAUGAUGAGGAAACAAAGGCUGAACUACACCAACGAGUGAAUGAUCUGCGAGACCGCCUGUGGGACAUUUGUGACGCACGGAAGGAAGAGGCAGAGCAGGAGCGGCUUGACAUCAUUAAUGAGAACUGGUUACAGGACUCUCUUGGAAUGACAAUGAACCAUUUCUUUUCCCUGAUGCAGGCAGAACUGAACCGUUUCCAAGAUACGAAGAGACUCCUUCAAGAUUAUUACCGGGGAAUGGAAAGUAAAAUCCCAAUAGAGGACAAUAAGAGAUUUACUCAAAUCCCUUUGGUCCAGCUGGAUAAUAAAGACAAUUCUGAAAGCCAGCUUAGAAUUCCUCUAUUUCCUCGAAUAUCCAUUUCUCUGGAAACAGUUACGCCCAAACCAAAAACAAAAUCAAUACUGAAGGGCAAGAUGGAUAACUCCCUAGAAAACGUUGAGUCCAACUUUGAGGCUGAUGAAAAGUUGGUCAUGGACACCUGGCAACAGGCUUCUUUAGCAGUAUCUCACAUGGUGGCUGCAGAAAUUCAUCAGAGGCUCAUGGAAGAAGAAAAAGAAAACCAGCCAGCAGACCCCAAAGAAAAAUCUCCUCAGAUGGGUGCAAAUAAAAAAGUCAAAAAGGAGCCACCCAAGAAAAAACAGGAAGACAAAAAACUCAAAGGUAAAUCACCACCUAUUGCAGAAGCAACUCCUGUCAUAGUAACAACAGAGGAAAUUGCUGAAAUCGAAAGGAAAAAUGAACUGAGGCUCAAAAUAAAAGAAGAACACCUUGCUGCCUUGCAAUUUGAAGAAACAGCCACACAGUUUCGACUUGAACUGAUAAAGACAAAAGCAUUGGCUCUUCUUGAAGAUUUAGUAACAAAGGUGGUUGAUGUAUAUAAACUCAUGGAAAAAUGGCUUGGUGAGAGAUAUUUGAAUGAAAUGGCCAGUGUAGAAAAAUUAACUGACAUAGCUCGCUAUCACAUUGAAACAUCUACAAAAAUUCAGAAUGAACUUUAUUUAAACCAAGAAGACUUCUUCAUUAAUGGCAAUGUAAAAGUCUUUCCAGAUCCUCCCCCACCGAUACAUCCUCCACCUGUAGAAAAGGAAGAAGAUGGCACCCUGACCAUCGAACAGCUUGACAAUCUUCGGGAUCAGUUCUUAGAUAUGGCACCUAAAGGCAGGAAUCCUUCAGAUGAUGUGAAUAGAGUCACCGAAAAGCAGAAAAGGCCACAGAAGCUUGACCAUUACCUUCCAAAAAGAAGCCAUCAAUUUUUGAAAUUUUGGCUUAAAAAAUAUUCAUGGCUUAUAUAUGAUGAGCUAUUAAAUCUUAUGUUCUGCGCCCUGUGUCGUAAGCAUGGAGUGAAGUCAGGGGGAAGUCAAGUGAAUUUCUUUUAUGGUACUGACAACUUUAGGACUCAAUUUCUCGAUGCACAUCAACUCAGCGAGGCUCAUGCCAAGGCUUCAUUAAUGGAAGCAACAAGUAGCUCUCCAGUGAACAGAGCCACCACCAAACUAAUGAUGAGGACCAUGAGCAAAGUAACCCUCGGGAGAGUAGAGAACUUAUUCAGAUCAUGCCAUGCUAUUGCCAAGACCGGACGUACCCUCAAAGAUUUUAUUUGGAUGUGCAAAUUGGAUGAUAUGAAAGGUGUUGAUAUUGGCCCAGUAUUCAGAACUAAAAACUCAGCAAGAAUGUUUACAUACUUUAUUGCUGAAGUAGAACGAAAAAAUCUAAGAGAGAAACUAGAAAAAAGUAAAUUUUUUUCUGUCAUCAGUGAUGGAAUCACAGACAGUUUAAUCAAAGAAGUCGAACUUGUUUAUGUGCAGUUUGCACAUGCAGGAAAAGUGCACUGUCAAUUUGUUGGGGUACAGACAGUAGAAAGAAAUGAUCCUCUGGCAAUAAAAAAUGCCACUGAGAAAACUCUAGAGAUAAAUCUUCAACUUAGACUGUCGAGCCAAGACUGGGCAAAGAAGCUGGUUGGUUUUGGAAGUGAUGGUAUCCAUGGCAUAGAGGGAGAGAACAAUGAGGUGGCCCUGCUACUACGAGAAAUACAACCAUGUGUACAGACUGUAUAUUGCUUUGCACAUCACCUUGAACUAUCUUACAAAGUGCUGUUCCAGAACAUUCCUCUGUACAAUGAUGUCAAAGAUCUCCUUCACAGCAUUUAUCACUUUUAUCACAAUUCUCCUCUUCAUAAGAGUGCUCUGAGAACUGCUUUCAAAGGCCUUCACCUUCGACCUGUGAUGCCUUCUCAAAUAGGAGACAGGAAGUGGCUUCAUGGAUUACAGGCAGCCCUCCAGAACUUUCUCAAGGGAUAUCCUGCAAUUGUUCGGCAACUGUACUCAGCAGGCGAAGGCAAAAGUGACACCAGUCAAAAGAAAUCUAAAGAACUUCUGGAGUCCCUUCUCCAAGCUGACAUUGUUAAAUUUGCCCACUUCUUGUUGGAUGUCAUUAAUGUCCUUAGCAUUCUGUCUGGUGUCAGUAAGAAUAGAAAUUCCUCAAUUGCUGACAUAUUUGCCACUUUAGAGUCAAUGCUGGAAAUGCUCCAAAGGUAUCAAACAAGACUAGGGCCAAAAGAACGCAUGAUGGAUUCAGCCACACACUUUCAUGGUAACUGCCUCAGAGGGAAAGAAAACAUUUCUGCUGUGAGAAACAUUGUUUUAACACAUCUUAUCAAGAGGCUUCAAGGCUGUUUCAGAGAUGCCAGCCAAAAUGUGGUGAGGGCUACCAUGAUUGGAAGUUUUAAAUUAUGGCCCACAAAGAUAAAUCAAGAAUUUGGAGAAAAAGAGGUAUCCAUCCUGACUGCACAUUAUGAACCAGUAUUAGAAGCUGCCAAUGUGAAACUUAGUGAAGUGGAUGCUGAAUGGAGCAUGUUGAAAUUAGAGAUUUAUGCCAGAUUUCCGAACAUUCAAAAAUUGACCUGGGAUUUUGUGAAUUCCAUUUACUUUCACAAGUAUCCAAAUAUCCUGACACUGGUCGACCUAGUGUUGACCCUUCCUGCAAGUUCAGCUGAAGCAGAACGUGGCUUUAGUCAGAUGAAAUGGACCAAGUCACACAUGCAUGCAAAAAUCAAGGCUGAAAUUAUGACGGAUGUCCUAAUUAUUCAGUUGAAUUCUCCAGACAUUAAUAAUUUUGACCCUAGGAAAGCUAUCCAUUUAUGGAAUACAAGAACACUGUCUUCAACUGGUGACACAAGAACUAAUUCAGAUUGCUCAUCAAACUCAGAAAGCCAUUAUGAAAGUGAUUAGCAGUAUGCAAAUGUUGACAUUGUUGUUGCAUAUGAAUGUAGCUCUUUUGCAUAGUAAAAAAUAAAAUAAAAUAAAUAUUUUCCAGAAACCUGAAAUUUAAAAGUAAAACAGUAACUUGUCUUCACAUCAAACAAAAAGCAUUUGGCUUCUUCCAAACA